AUGACGGUGCUACAGGAACCCGUCCAGGCUGCUACAUGGCAAGCACUAAACCACUAUGCUUACCGAGAUGGGGUUUUCCUCGCAGAACGCCUUUAUGCAGAAAUACACUCAGGAGAAGCCUUGUUUUUACUGGCGACCUGUUCUUACCGCCCAGGAAAGGCCUAUAAAGCAUAUAGACUCUUGAAAGGACACAGUUGUCCUACACCGCAAUGCAAAUACCUGCUUGCAAAAUGUUGUUUUGAUAUCAGCAAGCUUGCAGAAGGGGAACAAAUCUUAUCUGGUGGAGUGUUUCAUAAGCAGAAAAGUCAUGAUGAUAUUGUUACUGAGUUUGGUGAUUCAGCUUGCUUUCCCCUUCCAUUGUUGGGACAUGUAUAUUGCAAGACAGAUCGGCUUGCCAAAGGAUCAGAAUGCUACCAAAAGAGCCUUAGUUUAAAUCCUUUCCUCUGGUAUCCCUUUGAAUCAUUAUGUGAAAUAGGUGAAAAGCCAGAUCCUGACCAAAGGUUUAAAUUCACAUCUUUACAGAACUUUAGUAACUGUCUGUCCAAGUGUUGCACCACACAAGUACCUCGUCAUAGUUUAUGUCACAGACAGCCUGAGACCGUUCUUACAGAAACACCCCAGAACACAACUGAAUUAAACAGAUUGAAUUUAGAAUCUGCCAAUUCAAAGUACUCCUUGAAUACAGAUUCCCCAGUGUCUUCUAUUGAUUCAGCUGUAAUUUCACCUGAUACUGUCCCACUGGGAACAGGAACUUCCAUAUUAUCUAAACAGGUUCAAAAUAAACCAAAAACUGAUCGAAGUUUAUUAGGAGGACCAGCAUCUCUUAGUCCAUUAACCCCAAGUUUUGGGAUUUUGCCAUUAGAAACCCCAAGUCCUGGAGAUGGAUCCUAUUUACAAAACUACACUAAUACACCUUCUGUAAUGGAUGUGACAUCCACCUGAGUCCCUCCAAAAAAGUCUGUUGCCAUAAUAGUCCAAAUUGGAGCA